AAAAAUUAUGUCACGGGCAGGCACAGAACAGACGUCAUAUUUUGUGAAUUUAGAGUUUUGUGAUUGUUAAGUUGAUUCACAGUAAUACAGCUUAAGUUACUGUAGUGAUAUUUUAACUUAGUGCACGAACGUUAUAAAUAAUGGCUGGGAUCAAAGGCCUCAUCUCGCUGGCUUUUGCUGGAUCUAUUGGGAUGACAUUUGUUAUACUAGCAUGUGCCUUACCAAGUUUUAACAAGCAAUGGUGGCCAUUCUUCGUAGUACUGUUCUACAUGCUGUGUCCGAUACCGACGAUGAUUGCUCGCCGCCACACUGACACCACUGGCGGCAGCAACUCACCCUGCAUGGAGACAGCUAUCUUCAUCACCAUGGGCUUCAUCGUCAGUUCAUUUGCACUGCCCAUAGUCCUCACCCGUGCAGGAGUGAUUCUGCUGGGUGCAUGCUACCUUACUCUGGCUGGCAAUGUGAUUGUGUAUCUCACUAUUCUUGGCUUCUUCACAAUCUUUGACAUGGACGACAACGAUUAUGCGAUGUGGUGAGAGAUCUAGAAGCCAUAAGAACGAUCUAACAUUAGCAGAUUGUAUGUAUCGUAAGGCAUGUUGUGGUUAUGUCUAUGUUAAACAUAAGUCUGAAAGUAUUGAUACUGAUAAAUGAUUUAUUUUAUGUGUUAAAAAGGUUUUAUUUGAUUCUUAGUUUUGUUUCUAAACUAACAAUAGAAAAGUUUUUGAAAUAUUAUUCUAGAGUCAUUUGAACUACUUACAUCUAUUUAAUUAAUAAUGUUAUUUUCCACAUCUUUAACUUCAUACCUUUUGUUAUUUAAAAAGUUUUAGAUGUUGUAAUUAAUGGGAUUUGUACUCAACAUAGGUACAACAAUGUUAUGUUCUAAUUAAGGAAAUUUUAGUGUAAGAAAAUUAUACAUAUUUUUUAAUAUUUAAAUAGAAAAAUCUUCUCCGUGUCUCAGUUCUUGUUUAAACAGAAAGAUUAUACUGAAAACAAAGUCAAUAUCCACAUUACAUUAAUGUAAACUUCCUUUUUGAAAUAUUUAUUCUAACGAUUAUCUGUAUGUAAAGAAAUUAUUUUACCAAGCUUUAUAUUAAAAUUAAUGUAUUCUUUUAUAGUAAUCAAAAACAUUAAUUCGGUAUAGGUAAUUAAGUCUUUCGUCGGUAGAAUAUAAAAUUGAAGGAGAUUAGCACCAUUAUGGGGCUUAGGCUGAUGUUAUUUGGUCCAGUCUGGUGGUCAACAUUAGUACCUACAUCUUUAUACUUUAUCUCGAUUGUAACAAAAACUCAUCAUGAAUAUUCAUCAUGUCAUGUUCCAAUUCAAAUACAGUGCAAUUACAAAAGCUUCAAAUAUGAGUAUUUUCAUUGUAAAUGUUAAAUAUAACAAAAUUGUUAUGGAUCGUUCUUAUUGGAAUCACUCAGUGAAACCAUUUUUAAAUGGGAAUGAAUAUCAACUCUCCUAUACUAAUUAAUGGUCAUCUCUACAUUAUUAACGCUUUUGAGAGUUUUUGCGUGUUCCAGUUACAUUCCUGUAAUGUAAAUUGUGUAAAUAUAGCAUUAGUAUCAGGUCACAAUAAAUAUGAAUACAUGCUUUAUA